CAACACAAUAAUAAAGAUGGAGAACCCGCCCGACUUUUACCGGAUCAUGUCUCUCCGUCUGUCCAGGGCGUUAAGCGACAUUGGCGUCAACAGGUGGAUGGUGAGGAGAAGAAGGAGAACUUUUCUCAUGUUAGAGACGAGCGAGACGAUCAAUCAUAAACUAGAAGGACAUGAUGAUACCAAUUUCUUUUUCGGGAGUCAGUCGGAGGGAACAACUACACCGGGACUAAACUCCGAUAUUGACAAAUUAACCUGCUUUAACGACAUCAACAUCAUGUCAUCCUGGUCUGAAUGGGAAGCCGGGAGGCUAAACUUGCGGAUGGUGAAGGAGGAAACGUGCUCUCCACAACAUUAUCUUCUACAGGUGAUUAGACCAGACUCACCUGAACCAGUCAUACAUUCAAGAUAUGUAUUCCAUGUAGUUGACACUAAAGGCCGUGUAUUACAUGUCAACACACAAGCUGGAAUUAACGCCAAAAAUGGAGCAAUAGAAAAUAACGUGCAUCACUACUCCAGUGGCCCAUCUAAUAGCUUUAAUAAAAUGUAUGACCUUGUGCGCGCGUUCUGGUGUAGGUCUCUUCCGCGAGAAUGUCACGGGUGGUUUGAACGGCCAAGGCCCGGCCACUGGCCGACACCGGAACUGUUAAGAGAUGUAAAGGAGUGUGGGUGUUUUCUUGUUCCUGAUGGACACUUUGACAGCCGUGUCAAAUUUGUUGAAUGGAGAAUUUCUCCUAGUCUUAUUGAGAGAACACUGAUGUUUAACAUGAAAACAGUACAGCUUAAAUGUUAUGUGGUUCUGAAGAUUCUAAAAUCACACGUCAUCAACCCCCUUUUAGAUAAUGAAGGAAAACUGACAAGUUUUCACUGCAAAACUGCCCUGCUUUUCGCCGCGGAAAGUUUGCCGUCCGGAAUGUGGAGAGAAAAUCGCCUGAUGGAAUGUAUUGUGUAUUGUUUGAAAUUGUUGCUUGGUUGGACGAAUACCGGUAUGUGUCCGCACUAUAUUGUAGCAGGCGUGAAUCUUUUUCAUGGAAAAUUUAUAAGUCGGCAGUUAGCAAAUCUUUCUAAGAUCCUUUCAAAUAUCAUUGACACUCACUUAAUAGUACUCGCGUACAUACAAGCAGACGAUUUAGGCAACCGGAUGUUCAACACAAAUAUCAGAACUGUUCGCUACAGUGAAACGUGCUACAUAUCGACAAACACUAGUUUAUGUAGAUGGCUAAGUGUCUUUGCUCACCACAGAAUAAAUAGAUAUUUUCAGAUUAUUCUGUCUAUGAAGUCUGAUUUGAAGCCUGUAUAUAUGAUUUCAUAUUUCGGCCUAUAUCUUAAAAAAAUACGUACAUAUGUUCAUGGGCUGCCGUUUCCAUUAAGAGAACAAUAUUUUGAAUAUAUUUUUAAACAAGUGUUAAGUGUUUUGGCAUCCACUGCUGCAUCAUGUUGCAUACGGAAUGGUAGUGUUGUUCCUAGAAAUAUACUGUGUCUGUUCGAAAGUUCCUUAGAUACGGAUGUGGCGUCAUCAAGACUGAAGUUGGCUUCUUUUCUCGUCUGUCAUAAUGAGCUUGAAAGAGCAGCGGACGUUCUGAAUGAUGUUCAACGUAGAUAUGACGACAGCGUGCAAGCUGUAUGUGAAUGUGGAAGAAUGGAUCCUUUAGAUACAAAACAUCACAAACCACUGUGCACUACCAGUGUUGUUAAUAACGAUGACAUGUUAUUAGCAAACAAAACGGCAUUAUGUGUUCGCUACUUCAGACAGGAGGCGUUCUGUGCACCACCGAUAUUACACUACGAGAUGGUGAGAGGAAUAGGCGAGGAUAUCAAUCAUAGGGAUAUUAAAGAGCGUUGUUGGAUGAACUGGGCCGUUGUGGACUCACUGCCUUACCUCUACUACCUGCAGUACCUGACUUUCCGUGAUCUCGGCCAGCGAGGAAGACAACGUCAAGCUUUAAUGAACUUAUUUAACUGUUUUCUUGACGCCAACCGUCGUUCCCAUCUCUACCACCUUGAGACGUAUAUAAACCUGGUUGGGCACUGCAUGGAGAUGGAGGGCCAACCGGAGUUGGCGUUACGACUGUACAGGCAUUCCGUCGUCGGUUUGCCUAGGAACAACGCGGCGCACUGGCAUAUUUACAGACUGGAUCAUGGCCACCAGAUUUAGAUAGAACAAUAAAGAAGGAAAACUUAAUAACAAAUUAAUUUAAUCAUGUUUUCCUGAAAUGAUAAGGAUAUUUUAUUGUUAUCAUUAUUGUCAUAAUUGUCAUUAUUAUUAUUAUUAUUAUUAUUAUUAUUAUUAUUAUUAUUAUCAUAUAAGAUUGGCUUUGUCGUAUAUCUCAUAAAUUAAAGUAUGUUCGACCGAAGUAACACUGAACUGUGUCUCUUUUUUAACACUUAAAUAUAAUUUUGUUUAUAUCCCACGUUUAAGUAUUAUACGCAAAUCAUGCAUGCACACUUUAUGGCAAACAUGGCUUUAAUACGCUUAUGCUAUUUCCACGCCAACAAAAGAAACUAGGGGACAUUUGCACCAUGUGUUGCCAGAAAAAAAUGCUCGUUUCAUCUGCCAUUAGGCCUAAAAAAAUACAUUUGUUUCGGGUUACCCGACCCUACCUACGGAAUAGGCGCCGACCCUACCGUUUUUAUAGUCAGUUUCAAAAAAAAAAAAUGAAAAACUAAAAAAAAACUAAAAACAUUUUUUUUUUGCUUGUCAAUAUGUGGUUUAAACCUUAUUUGCCUAUAUAUAAGAUAACUUUAACACCAUUCUCCAAUGAUGAAAAUGACAUACUUAUAAAAAGCCUAAUAAAAAAAAAAAUAAAUAAAAUAAAAAGCCUACCUACCCUACCUAUUUUUGAAAAGGAUGUAACCCUAACCAAACAAUUUUUUUAGGCCUUAGUUAACAGUUGAGAUGGCUGCAAGAAAUCAACUUUUAUAAAAAUAGGGAUCUAAUUCACAAGAAGACACCAACAGACACAAUCUAAGUCCCGAAGUUUUGUAUUUUGAAUCUUUUUAAACAAUACUGAAUACUUCAUAGUAUAUAUUUGUAUUUUUUUAUCUUGUGUAUGCCUAAGAUAGGACAUGACUGGAAUAUAUACAAGUGUAAACUUUUAACGCAACUGUUAAAGCUGCACUCUCACAGAUUGACAGAUUUAACAAUUUUUCAUUUUUUAUCUCAGAAUCAGCUGAUUUUGGCAUCAGUGCCUUCAAUUUAGUCAUAUAGAAAACUCACAAUAGAAAAAAUCUCCAUUGUUUGAAAAACAAAAUGCCAAAAAUUGCAUUUUUCUUAAAGCCAUUAAACAUCAAUUUUCGAACGUAACUGUUUAAAACUGCCAUCUCACAUCUUAUCACCUGUUUUAUAGCACUGGUUUCCAGACAUUUACGCAAGAUUUGGCUCAUUCCAAGACAAAAAAUGAAAAAGUUUUCAAAAUGGUCCAUCUGUGAGAGUGCAGCUUUAAGACAUUGAAAAUGCAUAAAGAAAAUAUGACGGUUUGUUGCAUAAAUAAAACGGAAAUAACCCUAUAUGAUUAGCUUGUUUGGAAAUUUAGCUUUAUCUAGUGUUUCAUACCUGCUUAAGUGUCAUUAACAUUGUGUAUUAUUAAAAUACUACUUUUAUGUUUGUUAUAAAUCUUUUAUCCAACAAACACAAUCAAUUUAAAUGGAAUAAAAUAUUGAUCGAA